AAUGUUUCAUUAAGGUACUAUAAAAACCGCUGUUUCCUUUUUCCAGUGUUGGAAACAUUGCGCCGAACUCAUUGUUUUUGUCAUUGGGACAGACGUCAACGAACUGUCAACGUAGUGAGUGUUGUAUUACUUGUAUUUAUUUUUCAUCCAGCGUAGAUUGGUUACCUGCUUAUCUUUAAAUCCGUAACAGAUAUUAAACAACAAAAGUAUCGCGUCCUACCGUCUCUUUAUGUGAAACCGUAAUUCUUGGUUAUUAUUCACUAGUGUAAGAGUCACCAUGGCUCUAACAAACGUGGUGCUGGUGAGCCAGAUCGCAGGAUAUUUCGUCGGACUGAUCCUGUCCCUGUGCAUCAUGGUGCCGAUGAGCAUGCACGUUCACGAGUUUAAUGGCCAUUGCUUGCUCUUCUCUGGGGGCGAAUGGCAAGAGACGGACGGGCAGUUCAAUGUCCAGUGGGCCUCCAUGGCAUACUGCAACUACGUCAUCGCCAUCGGGGUGCUCUUGUUCGUCGUGUGUCUUGUGCAGAUAUACAGGUUAUCCAUGCUACUGUACCGUGACAAGGACAGCUCUUUCCUCUCAGCCUUCCUGGAGGCUACCGGCUGUGCGCUACUCUGUGCGUUGGUUAUCUGUGCCGCCAUCGCCGUCACGCUGGGAUUCAUGACCUGGUGCCGGAACAUCACUGACCGCUUCCCCAGUUGUGACGUCGCGGCGGGACAGGACAUCGAUAAAAAGGACAACAUUUCCACGAACAAUUUUUACAUGGAAAUUGGAACUGCACAGUUCGGCGCGUGGGGCGCGUUCGCCACGUGCGUGGGGCUGGCCGUGUUCUCCACGCUGAAGCUGUGCCGCUACCACCAGCUCGAGAACAUCCGCGUGUCCAUGUUCCGCGAGCGGCAGCGCCUCGUCAACGAGGCCCCGCCCGCCAGCACGCCGCCCAUGGACGCCCGGCGCGCGCGCCAGGUCACUCCGCAAGACAUCGAGGAGGAGCGCUAGGAGGCAUAGAAUAAGCCAAGCAAACAGUACCUAACGUUUCAUGCAUUUUGGUUCUAAAAACAAAUAUCAGUUAACGAAAAUUCAUGGCAGCUUUGAGUGUCUCUUCUGAAUAAUUCUUUUAUUGCCUUUGGUAUGUUGGAGCGCUCUUUAGAUCGAAUGGAAGACCUUGCAAUUCAUAACGCCCCGUCUGCCCCACUCUAAAACUGCGCUACCACCAGCUCGAGAACAGCUGUUUCAGUAGAUAAUUAAAUAUCAUAAUGCGGUCAGAUACAUCAUUAUGUACCUGACAUGUUGGAACGCUCUUUAGACCAAAUGAGAGUAUCUGCAAUUCAUAACGCCGCCUUCCCCACUCUGAAACUCGAGAACAUCCGUGUAUCCAUGUGUCUCAUGUAUCGUGGGAGCCGUCGCCGUGUGCACGGGUCCGGCCACCGGCACGCCGCCGGUGGAAGGCGAGGAGAGCGCAUCGGACGAGGCCGCAGGAUAUUGAGAAGUGCUAGGGUAGAAUAAGGACAGCUAAACAACUUCAUGUAAAAGGUAUAAUUUCAGGCGUUUUGGUUCUAAAAGCAAACAUCAACAUUUCUUUAGGCCAAAUGGUAGUAACUACCGUUCAUAAUGCCCUGCACUCCCUGUAGUGUUAUCGCUACCACUAACUACGACAUCCAUCCAUCUAUUGAGGGCCGCUAGGGUAUAAUAAGUCCCGUUAAUGAACAUGAAUACAACUAGAUUCAAACUUUAGCUAUAAUUUUAUAUGGUGGGCUGAACUAUAGUAGUUUAGUAUGAAGCAUAUAAAACAACGCGCGGUUGCAGCUUGAUGCAUUUAUAGAUAGAAAAGUCUAUCUCAUUGUGCCACAGGUCCUGCAAGAAAGAUGGGACUCAUUUCGGCAAUAUAAACCUAAAUAAGGUCGACUGGGAAAACUUAGAAAGCGGGAUUGUUUUUUAAAAAUGCUGAUAUCUAGUAACUAAACCACUUGGUACUUUGGCAACACUUUAACAAUCCUAUUGGACUUACACCUUAUUGUCCAUUUUGUGCGUCUUUUUUGGUUUUUGUUGCUUUAAUUAUUUUUUGCGACAAUAAAUGACUUUAUUUUUUUUAACACUUACACUUAGUACCUAUAUAGUAGCUGGUGUAGUAGAUAUUUGGAACUUUCAAAAUUACCCCGCUUUCGAAGUUAUCCCAAUGCACCUUGGUAUAGUUUCUUUAUUUAGAUUUUGUAAGUUCUCUGCAAUUAAUCUAUAUGUAUAUUUCGAUUAGCAAUUUUUAACUAGUUAUUAAUGUUAUUAUUAAUUAAAGCAAUAAUGUUUAACGUUUAUUUAAAUUUGUAAUUUUUGAGAGGUUGGAUUGUUUAUACUACAAACCAAUCCAUUUAGAUCUCAAAUAUAGGCAUAUUCAACAUCAAAGGGGAAGGGGCAUUCUAUCAGUGUCGUUGACUUAAUGCCCCGUAUGUUCGUGUUCUUCUCUCACUCUCACUGAGUGUAAACGUGAGCGAGACGGAUGCACGUGCUCGGGACCGCGGAUAUCAUGUUUUUUUAAUUUUAAUAUGUUGUAAGUAAUAUAAAAUAAUAAGAGAAAAAUAAAAAAUAAAACAUUUUUAGAAGCAAGUUUCAUAUUUUUAGAUUUUGUGCAUAAAUUGUUACAAUUUUUUAAAUUGGGUUUAAGAUCUAUGCUCGUGAUUUUUUUCUAUCGAGCGAAAGUAAAAAAAUCAGGAUUCGAAUCGCUGACGUCCCGAAAAUCCGGUCAAUAGUACGUACUGGGAGCUAUCGCUUUCCUCUGGGUUCAACAAACAUUCGGGUAUAUGGCGUUUUGAAGGCACUCUGGAAUGCUGCCAAUGUGCGCACUAACGAGGUCCACGAAAUUAUGUCUUCAAAAAAGUAUUAAGCGCGCACAACCUGUUUGGCGUAAUAAGUAGCUCAAAUUAUUUAAUUGCUGAGCAAUUGAGAAAGUAUUUCGUUAGACAAUAAUUUAAAAUAGGCAGGCUAUUCGAGAUUAUGUUGUGAUCUUCCAUGAUUUUCUAAUAAAUUAUCUAUGUAAUGUAUAAGUUUUGCUCGUAUACAGGCCAAGUCCAUGUUAAAAAAAUUCUUGGGUUUUGAAAGUGAUAUGAAAAUGACUUUCUUAGAAACGAGCCCAAAACCUGAAGGUCAUUUUAACAUUUUAUAAACAGGACCAUCCUUUACUUUAGAGUUUAUAUAUAGUUAAAAUUUUAUUGAUUUAAAAGUCAUAAAUAUAUUUUAUUUAAUACUAGUUAUCGUAAGCUAAUGUGAUAACUGAUAAAUAUAAAUGUUAGUAGUAGUAAGUUUAUGUACAAAACAUGCAUUGAAUCAUUUUUAUCAUAUUUUUUAUUAAUUAGACCUUUUUUAUUUAUUUUGUUUGUGUUCGUCCCGUAGACAUUUAUCUAAACACAAGUUUCUGUGAGACACAGACAUUAAAUACCUAUAUUAAACGGGUCACUCACGUAUUUUAAUACGAGGUAGUCAAGAUACGUAGUGAAAUGUUUCGAGCAAUUUUCGACCUAAAAUACCCGAGUGAUCCGUUUUAAUAUAUUUAAGUUGCUUAAAAUUCAACGUGAAUUACAUUUAAUAUACUCUACCACCCGUAACAAGUCUAAACACAAAUUGUUGUAAAUUCAAUUUGAGUUUGUGUUAGUAGAGUGUAGUAAUUGAGUGUAUUUCCACGAUGUAGUGUAAGAUUGUGAUCUUACAACAAAUGAUGAACCUGCUGUGGCGUUAAAUGUUAAUCAAUGUAUUCAUUCUUUCAAAUAUUUCUCAUACAAGUGUUAUUAUUAAACAUUGUCAUUAGCAUAUUUAGAAUUUUUAUAUGAACAUUAGGGUGCCUUUCGAACAGAGAUGUGCUAUGCUAUAGUUUUAAUGCAUUUGAAACGUAGCUGUAGCUGCGUUUCAAAUGAAUGAAAACAGCAUAACAAGCAUAGCACGUCUCUGGUCGAAAGGCACCCUAAGGCUUUGGACUGGACGCACGCCUUCGCCUUGGUCCAAAACAGGUUAAUUCAAGUCUAUACAUGUGGACCGUGCCGCUCGGAGCCGGGCGUUAUAAGUAAUGUUUUGUGUGCAUAUCAACGUACGAGGGUCAUGCCAAAAGAAGUUAGAUACUCUAUGGUCAUUUGAUCGAUACUGGCCAGUUAUACACCAUUGUAAAGGUAGGUUAUUUGCUAAUAAAUUCAAAUAUGGAACACUCGGAAAAUGUUAGGAUUCCUUUUUUAAUUAUUUUUUUUCUGGGUAAUUUUGGAGGGAAAUUUUCGCAACAAUGGAGCUCACUCGACGUGAUUUUCGUGUUAUGAUUUAUUAUGAUUUUAAAAAAGGUUUAAAACCUCAAGAGUGUUUUGAACUUUUAGUUUCAACUUUUGGCGAGUCUGCUUGUUCACGUGCAACUGUUUUUAAUUGGUUUGCUGAAUUUAAAAGGGGACGAGAGACCUUUGAAGAUGAGGCGAAGACCGGACGGCCGCCAACCGCAGUCACUCAAGAAAACGUACAGGCUGUGGAAAAAAAUGUUCGUGCGAACCGACGAAUUACAUAUGCAGAGCUCGAGCGUGAGCUGGGUAUUGGAUCAGCAGCAUUGCAAACUAUAAUUCAUUAUCAUCUGGCCCUUCAUAAGCGUUGUUCAAGAUGGGUGCCGCACAAACUCACCGAUUUGCAAAAAGACCGCCGCGUAGAUUGGUGCAAAUUUAUGAUAGAUAAAUUCGACGCUGGCGAGAAAAAAAAUGUAUAUGAUAUACUUACAGGUGACGAAACAUGGCUAUAUAACUACGACCCCGAAACAAAGCGGCAGUCCACAGUAUGGUGUUUUGAAGAUGAGCCGACGCCAACAAAAUGUCGCCGAACCCGAAGUACACAAAAACAAAUGAUUGCCUCAUUUUUCUGCAAGACGGGACAUAUUGCUACGAUAGUGCUAGAAGAUCAAAGGACAGUCAACUCUGAAUGGUAUGUGACAGUUUGUGCCCCCAGAGUACUGUCAGCUUGGUGUGACAAGCGGCCGAAAUCGGGAACUCAGCACCUGCUCUGGCACCAUGACAACGCUGCCCCUCACACUUCUGCUAGAACACUUGACUAUUUCAGCUCAAAAAACGUGACUAUCUUGCCCCACCCGCCAUAUUCCCCCGACCUAGCCCCUUGCGAUUUUUACUUAUUUCCCAAAAUUAAAGAAAAAUUAAAAGGAAGGCGAUUUGAGAACAAAGAAGAUGCCCUGGCUGCGUAUAAUUAUGAAAUUUCUGAGGUAUCUAAAGAAGAGUGGUCAUCGGUAUUUUCUAAGUGGUUUAGACGGAUGGAAAAGUGUAUACGUGUUCACGGUGACUACUUCGAAAAAAUAGAUAGCUGUAAUAAAGAAUAAAGUCGGUAACUUUUGAGUAUCUAAUUUCUUUUGGCAUGACCCUCGUAACUUCGUUUAAAAUGUUUACUUCGUCUUCUUGCAAGGGCAAUUAUUCGACUUUGCUUUACGCUCCUUUGUUAUGAGAUCAGUUUUUCUGCUACCUGCAAUAUCAGCAAAUUUCAUUGGUCACUCGUGAUAUUGAAGAUAUUAUCUGGAUCAUAUUACCAUCUCUUUCAUUCUUGCCAAUGCAAGUGUGAAGUUUUACGGCCCCGGUCGUCAGUUUGGCUUGCGGAUAAUAUAGAUAGAGCAAUAUCGAAUAUAAACUUAGUUAUUUUACAAUCUAAUCAAACAGGCAAAGGCUACAUAAACUGCCAAAGACGCCAGACGAAACGAGUUAUUGUAAGUUUGCAUAUUACCAUGUGUAUCCAAGACUAUCAGUACUGAUAAGUGUUAUUAAUAUAAUAAAACGAUAUAAUGCCGAAAA